AUGGAGAUCUGCAGUCUUGUAACUGAGAAAAAUGAGUCAGUGUGUGACUCAGUGCCUCUGAAGAGCAUCUCAGUGCAGGUUCGGGUUCAGGAUCAUGUAGCCACAGUCUCCUCCACUCUGCAGUAUGUGAAUGAGGAAGAGCGCCCCCUGGAGGCCUUGUUCGUCUUCCCUCUGCCUGCUGAUGCUGCUGUCUGCCACUUCAGUGCCAAGAUCGGAGAGCAGGAGAUUGUGGCAGAGGUGCAGGACAGAGAAAGCGCGAGGGAUCAGUAUGAUGAUGCUGUGAGUUCGGGUCAGCAGGCGUUUCUGUUGGAAGAGAGCGCAGAGAGUCCUGAUGUGUUCAGACUGAGUGUCGGGUGUCUGUCGGCGGGUCAGAACGCUGCCGUCACCAUCAUCUACGUCACCGAGCUCGCUGUGCAGGCCGACCACUCGCUGCGCUUCUGUCUGCCGGCUGUACUCAACCCCCGAUACACACCAGCAGGUUCAGGUGCUGGUAUCGUCUCAGAGAUUUCAUCAGGAUGUGGAGCUGUUCCCUACACGCUGACUCUCAGUGUCCAUGUGAGCUCUCCAAAGCCCAUCUCCAAACUAGAGUCCAACUGCUCUCUGGAUCCUCUAGUGUUCCUCCACUCUGAUCACACUCAGGCUACGGUGAAUCUGAGUCCUGGUCACAUGUUUGAUAAGGACUUUGAGCUGUUUGUGUUCUAUCAGGAUACCCAUCAGCCCUCUGCUAUAGUGGAGGCAGGAGUGACCACUGCCCCGCCAGGCUCUCUGAUGAGGGACCCAGUGGUCAUGAUGAGUUUGUACCCAGAGUUCCCGGAGGAAGUGAUGUCAUCACUGGCAACUCAAGGCGAGUUUGUUUUUGUGAUUGACAGAUCAGGCAGUAUGGGAGACAUGAUGCAUCAUGGGAAAGGAGCACAGAUGCGCAUUGAAAGUGCAAAGAGUGUCGUGUACAAUCAGAAAACAAUGGAUCAGGCUCUGAAGAAAGUGAAGGAAAUGUUGUCCAUCCACCGGCUGGCGGCUCGGACCCUGAUCCGUUCUCUGGAGCUGGAGGAGAGGUCAGGUGCUGCAGAUGUUGAGGGCAUCAGGAGCAGGAUGGUGGAGCUCAGUGUUCAGGCAGGAGUGAGCAGUGUUCAUACAGCCUUCAUUGCUGUUAAUAAAGACAGCAGACAGACUGUGAAAGGACCCCUGCAGCAGAGAAGAGUGCCGACACGCGAUUUGUCUUUAGUAAUUGCCAUGAUGCAAGCAAAUUGUGCUGAACUAGGAACCCACGCGUCACAAUAUUCUGCAUGCUUUGCAGAUGAACAAUCGUUUCGAUGCUCAAAAAAGAAGACCCUGAGAACGUUCACAGAGCGAGCUUUCUUAAAAAUGUCUAAUUGGGUACCAGAAGAGAUCCAGAAUUUCUUCCGCCGUGGUUCUGCGACUGCGACCUCCCCAUCUGAUCAGACAGACUCUGAAAGCAAGAAUGAUGCUGCUCCUGAGCCCCAAAAGGACCCGUUACUGCAGCUGGUUUCUCUCCAAAAGGCGUCAGGCUGCUGGGAUCUGGACGCCACACUGGCUGAUGUGUUUGGGAAGACGGAGGAUGAGCUGACCAAUCAGAAACCAGCACAGGUGGAUGGGUCAGUAUGGGCCACUCUCCUGGCUCUGAUCUGGUUAUACGGCUGUAAAAUAGAGCAGCAGGUGGAGUGGCAGUUUGUGGCCAUGAAGGCAGCGUCAUGGAUCGGCUCUCAGAAAGGUGAGAUCUCCAUUCCAGACCACAUUAUCUGCAGAUGA